AUGCCCCGACCGAGACGGGCUCGAAACUCGGUGAGCACGACAAAGGGAAAGGCUUCCGAGCCCUUGAGCGACGUGGAUCAUGCCGAGGAGGAGCGCGGGCGAGCACAAGGCCUAGCAAAGGCAACCCGAUCCAUGAGAUGGCGGAUGAGCCUGGGCGAAGAAGAUGCUGUCAGGGCCGCGGACCAGUUGCGCGACAAUGCCUUGGAUCGGCUUGCCAAUGAGGAUGCUACGACGACAACCAGCGGCCAAACGGUAGGGAACGACACAAGCUCGAUUGAGAUGGGAAGGCGUGCCAGGGCGACGCCUGUGACGCAUCGGGAUACCACUGGACUGGACCUCGCCGACGACGACGUUUUCGGUGACCUCGACGACAGUUUCGCCGACGACGACGUGCCCCCGUGUGGCCGUUCAGCAGAGGACACAUCCAUGUCUUUGGGCCAUUUCCGGCCGCGGUCGCGUCAGUCGAGCAUCGUUGGACGAAGCGAUGCUCCCAUCCGGCCGAGCAGCAGAGGCCCCAACACGCCCGGCAUAGGCUCCUCCUUCAACUUUGGCGUCUUCAGAAGACGGGCGCGCGAGCCGUCGAUCCUGGGUACGUCCCGGAAACCUCGAUCGGAGGAUGGCGGUGCGACGCACAACUCGGAACUGGAAAGCGAGGGCGAGUUUGAACCCGAAGCAGAAUCGACCCCCCUCAACAACCGGCGAAGGAGGCGAGGCAGCGAGCAGCUAAUGAGCGACGAGCCGUCGGCGGAGUUGUUGUCGAAAAAGCGCAAGAGUGUCGAGGCGCACGAUGACGACAGCCUACGGCCAGAGAAGAUAUCGAGGAUAGGGUCGGAUCCAGGGCAAGAGGCGGACAGCGACUCGGCAAUGUCCGAGAUUGCCUCUCCGUCCUUGCCGAGCACACCAGGUGCCUCCCGCCAGAGGCCGAUGACUUUGGCGAACCAGGAUGAGGUCGGUGCGCCGCCGGCCAGCAGCGACUCGGAAGGCGAGGCGGACACGUGGCCGGACAUUCACACGCUGGCAAACAAACGACGCAGGCCAUCGGUUUCGACGCCUUUCCAAGCCAACAACUUCUCCGACAUGUCAUCUCCACCCUCUCUCACCCACUCACCGAACUAUGCCGAGGAGAGGCUUCCCCGACGGCGGGGUCGAGCGGCAACACGACACCACGAAAACAUCACGACGGCAGAUCUCACAAACUUGCUCCCCAAGCGCCGAGGCAAGAAGUUGGAUGACGCGUUCAAUACCGACAGCGACGAGGAGUUGGACACGGCAAGCCUGGGUCAGGACGACGAUGAGCUCUCGUACCUAGGUGCACGUGCGGGACAACGGACGAGAAGGGGCCGCACCCGCGGCCGAACCGGCUCGCGCGGGGGGCGGAAUCGUUCGGCCCUGAAAGCGAACCAGACGGCCAACCAGGUCCGUGGUUCGGCCCGGAGCGGCAAGACGCACGAUCGACGGCGGCCGGACGAGAACGAGAGCGAGGAUGAAAACGACAAGGAAAACGACGAGGGGUUGAGCGCUUUCGUGCCCCUGCCGGAGGACACGUUCGACAUGGACGCUGGCGAGGACGCGACUGGCGAGAAUGUGGCGUCGACAGAGGAGCUGCGGCAGGCGGCCAAGAAGUUCGUCGAGGUUGACAAGUGGGAGCUGGAGUUUGAGGAGGUGACCGAAGUGUCUUCCCCGCAGGACGCACGAUAG